UUACUUGUACUUUAGCAGGCGUGUCUUACUUACUUGAUGGUCUUGUUAUGGGCUUGGUUGAGAACUCGCGAUGGGUCUCUCUAGUCACGGCGGGUUCUGUGACUCACAGUGACAGUGACAGUUAAUGAUGGAUGAUGGAUGGAUGGAGGAAAAAGGGGGGUGGUUCUGUUCUUCUGGCCUGGUUUUGCUUUUUUGCUUUCUUUCUUUCUUUCUUUCUUGCUUUUGUGUUGCACAUUCUUAUACCGCACACACCUCUUCCUGAGCAUCGAGCACCUUUGUACAUACUAACAAACAUACAUACAUAUCACAUACACAUACACAUAACAUAAAAUAACAUAACAUACAACCUAACCUAAGAUAGGUACCUA